GCUUCAGACUGAGUGCCGAGAUGUGUGUGGAGGGGCUUUUCUGACACCCUUCUGGGGGUUUGGUCCCUGACUUGAGCCGUAGCCCAGUGUGUAACCCCUCGCUGUGGAUGUACCGCCAGCUUUGCCUCCUCUCCCGUGCCCAGAACCAGGCCUGUGGCUGGGGGAACAUGCGUCAGCUCUCCUCCCUCGCCCUGUGUCUGCUCUGCUGGAUCUACUCAGGCAGUGCCUCCGAUAUCGCAGAUUUGACCCUAAUCAACCCAGACCCUGUAGUCACCUCUGUGAACUCCUCCUUGCUGUGCGUAAGCAGUGACUGGACCUCCACCAACUCCCUCACCGUGAACCGCGACGCCCACCCAGCACAUCCCCACCCGCCCACGCUCACCAACAUGCCAGAUGAGCGGUACCGCUCCGCCACCAAAAUCGACUGGACCAACCGCAAUGGCAUCUUUGGCUCCUACUUCUGCCGAUUCAAAGGCGCUGCAGAAUCCGGCAAAAUCUACACCUACAAGAUGCUGAAUGAAGCUGCCUUCCUUCCAGAGUCGCUGACGAUCACGGCCAGCAUUGGGGAGAAUGUCAACAUUACUUAUGUGCGAAAGAAAGUGCUGCAGAUGGAUCCACUCAUCUAUAAGAAUGGAACAUUUCUUCACUCUUUGCCGAAGCAUGAAAUCUUUGACACACUUCAGUACCCUAUCAAAUCAGCGGCAUUUGCCGAUGCUGGCCUCUACACCGCCAGAUACAUUGCCGAUUCAGACAUCACUGCUGGGAUCACCAGGCUGAUAGUAAGAAAAUGCAGAGCUCAACUUUGGGGUCCGGACUGUUCCAAAAGCUGCCCGGAAUGUGCCAACGGAGGCGUGUGCCACGACGAGACCGGCGAGUGUGUUUGUCCUCCAGGGUUCAAGGGCUCCACGUGUGAAAUAGUUUGUGGUGAGGGUCGUUUUGGUCGGACCUGUAAGGAGAGGUGCAUGAAUGGCAACUGCCAGUCCAUGGUGUUCUGCCUGCGGGACCCGUAUGGAUGCUCCUGCUCUACAGGAUGGAGAGGCCUGAACUGCAGGGAACCUUGUCCAGCAGGUUAUUAUGGGGCUGGCUGUAAACUGCGCUGUAUGUGUGGAGGGAAAGGAAAAUGUGACCGUUAUCGGGGCUGCGUGUGUCCAGGGAGACACGGCUCUCGCUGUGAGGGAGAAGACAAACCUCCUGUUGUGGUCAGCACCUUCAGGGACACAGAGGAGCUGAAUGCUGGAGUCGUCUACAUGGUCAACUGCUCCGCCCGGGGCCAACCAGUGCCGCUUCACGGGGACAUCAUCCUGCUCAAACCCGACAGGACACCUGUAUAUGCAUUGGACACAGAGACGAUGAAUGAUCAGACCACCUCUAUGUUCCGAGUGGAUAAGAUCUCCGUGUCAGACACAGGCCACUGGCGCUGCCAGGUGAACACCACAGCUGGGCAGGUGGGCAAGGAUUUCCUGGUGAUCGUCAAAGUUCCCCCACAGCCCCAGUACCCCCCCUUUCUAAACGGCAGUGGGCCCUACCAUCUUGUCAUCCACGUGAACAAGGAACCCUACUCAGGCGACGGGCCUGUGACCUCCGUGAAGGUCGCCUACAAGCAGGUCAACACCUCGUUGUGGCGGAUGGUGGAAGUGAUGGGCUCCCAGGUGAAGCUGGAGAACCUGACGCCCAUGACUGAAUACACCACGUUUGUGCUGCUUGCUCGAAGAGGAGUAGGAGGUACCGGCUAUCCCGGACCUGAGGCCAGCUUCUACACACAGUUACUGGAGUGUUCUUACCCCACUGGUAUCAAACUGGUCCCGCUGAGCCAGACUGCACUGGACCUGUCCUGGGACCCGCUGGACCGGCCCACCAAGGACGACUGGAUCUACCAGCUGGAGUGCCUCCAGUGCUCUGACCCCAGCAACCUCCAGACGUACCACCUGCCCGCCAACUCCACAGGCCUGCCACUCCGCGGGCUAAAGCCCAAGCACAAGUACGAGUGCCGUCUGUGGCUGACAUCCAGCUCCGACAGCACAGACGUCCAGUGUCGCCCGGGCCACUCAGUGGGCUUGUACCGAGCAGCCGUGUCGGCCUGGACCCUCAGCAAUGAACUGCCCCCUGCACCUUUCAACAUCCUCGCCUGCAACGUCACCGACACCUCGGCCACCAUCACCUGGUCACUGGCUGAGGGCAACUCCAUCUCCAAGGUGACCAUCCUGUACCAGCGGGACCAGGACGACCUGCGUCAGCUGGUGGAGAUCGCCGUGCCCCAGGACCAGCUGGCCAUGCAGUUCCAGCUACGCGGCCUGCUGCAGGACACUCUCUACCAGGUGGAGCUCUGGGCAGCCAACAACAUGGGCGAAAGCCAGGACAGACCCCAGAUCCACGUCAGGACCCUCACGCAUCAGGAAAGCGCCAGACUGAGCAGACUGACCAGUGAAGGCAACAUGCUGUUCUUCGCCAUCCUGGGCUCAGCGGGAAUGACCUGCAUCACCAUCCUCAUCGCCUUCUGCAUCGUGCUGCAGCUCAAACGUGCCACCUUUCAGAGGAGGAUGGUGCAGGCUUUCCAGAACAUCGUGAGAGAGGAACCAGUGGUGCAGUUCAGCUCAGGGACCCUGAACAUGCCCAAGAAGUCCAUGCACACCCCCCAGCACGUGGCCUACCCUGCCCUCGAGUGGAACGACAUCAAGUUCCAGGACGUCAUCGGUGAGGGCAAUUUUGGACAGGUCCUGAAGGCCAGCAUCAAGAAGGACGGUCUGAGAAUGGAUGCAGCCAUAAAAAGGAUGAAAGAGUACGCCUCCAAGGAUGACCACAGGGACUUUGCCGGCGAGCUGGAGGUGCUCUGCAAGCUUGGCCACCAUCCCAACAUCAUCAAUCUGCUGGGGGCCUGUGAGCACAGGGGCUAUCUCUACUUGGCCAUUGAGUUCGCUCCGCACGGCAACCUGCUGGACUUCCUGCGGAAGAGCAGGGUUCUGGAGACGGACCCAGCGUUCGCCAUCGCCCACAGCACAGCGUCCACACUGUCCUCCCAGCAGCUCCUGCACUUUGCAGCAGACGUGGCACGGGGCAUGGACUACCUGAGCCAGAAACAGUUUAUCCACAGAGAUCUGGCCGCCAGGAACAUUCUUGUUGGGGAGAACUUUGUGGCGAAGAUCGCGGACUUUGGGCUCUCCCGAGGCCAGGAGGUGUAUGUGAAGAAGACGAUGGGCAGAUUACCUGUGCGAUGGAUGGCCAUUGAGUCUCUGAACUACAGUGUCUACACCACUAACAGUGACGUGUGGUCAUAUGGAGUUCUUCUCUGGGAGAUUGUCAGCCUGGGUGGAACCCCAUACUGUGGAAUGACCUGUGCUGAGCUCUAUGAGAAGCUGCCACAGGGCUAUCGUCUGGAGAAGCCUCUCAACUGUGAUGAUGAGGUGUAUGACCUGAUGCGGCAAUGCUGGAGAGAGAAACCCUACGAGAGACCUUCAUUCACUCAGAUCCUGGUCUCGCUCAAUCGGAUGCUGGAAGAAAGAAAGACAUAUGUGAACACCACGCUGUAUGAGAAGUUCACCUAUGCGGGCAUUGACUGCUCUGCCGAAGAAGCUGGAUGAUUGUAUGUGUUAUACCACCAUAAGGACAUUUUUUAUACAGUUACAUUGGACAUGUAUUCUGUACAGUUACGUUGGACAUGUACCCUGUACCAGUUACUUCACUUAGGCUGGAUAUGUAUCAGUGAAAACAAGGUUUAAUCGAUCCUUUUAAAAGGGGUGGAUGGACUACAAUUUUGCACACAUUGUGUACUCAUGUUUGAAAUAUUAUGAAAUGUUAAAGGGAUGUAUCCAACAACUCUUUUUUAUAUGAAUGUCAGCCGUUGUAAAUUGCUUCGAUUGAUGUCAGAGUUGAUGUAAGAGUGUGUCACACAGCUGGAAUUUUGUUUUUCUAUCAGAAGAAGUUGAGGUCAACUGUAAAUAGCCACUUUUGUCUUUUGUUUUUAACGAUUAGCUGAAGUUUCUACAAAGUUCUCUAAGAUACCAAUAAAAUCUUUUGUUUUUCAAA